AUGUUAAAUUUUAGUGGAAAUCCAAUAACUAAAAUUUGUGAGGGAGAAAUAGUUCAGCCAAUGCUGCAAAAUUUGGAUAUUUCCAAUUGUCCAAAUUUACUUCUCAUUGAACAACGAACAUUUUCAUUCACGCCAGUUUUACAAUUUCUCAAAUUAACUAAUAAUUCACAAUUACAAUAUAUCUCUCCAUAUGCAUUCCAAAACAGUUUAUUAUACGAGCUUGUAAUCUCAAACAAUUCAUUGGAGACAAUAGACAAUAAAAUAUUAGAACAACCUACUCGCUUGUUUAUAGGUGGAAACCCUUUAGAUUGCAGUUGUGCUGAAGAAACUUUUACAAAUUUUACCCAUAAAAUUGUAGAUCUUAAAGAAGCGACUUGUAAAGCUAGGAAAGGGUGAAUUUAAUUUAUGGCUAUUUUUCAAAAAAAUUUUUAAGUCAAAAUUCAACUUCUACUCUUCCACUAACUUCAAUAAUUAAAUCUUUAUUUAAAUCAACCCAAAAAUGUUCAAACAAACCUUUAAUUUUACCUUUUGGCAAUUACUUGAGUGCUAAUGUUGG